AAAACAUUAAGGCAGGUAUGGGAGAUUUUUUUAAAACAGAUUUUAAAAAAGAUUGAUCAUAUUAGGAUGGUGAAAAAAGAUUUUGAAGAGAUUUCACGAAAGUAUCUUUAAAGUCAUGUUUGUUUCAAAAGUUUUAAACUUUCAGUACUUUAAAUGAUGAUCUGGCGAAUUUUGAAAUCGUUGUUGAUGCUCAGUUUCUGGACAUCUAUUUGUUGCGUUCAGAUUUGCUGGGCUGCGUAUAGGGUCAUCCGGUCAUCAAAUUCAUCUAUAUUCAUACAUCACGAGCUGGAACUUCAAAAUAACCCGAGAUUCGAAAAGAUAUCUAAAGAAAUGGACAUGUGUACGAAUAUAUCGGAUUAUUCAGAACAGAAUGAACGUUGGAGACGCUCUAAUAUCUUAACAACUACAGAAUCAGUAGAAAUUGUAAAUGAAACGAAAUUAGACACAUAUUUCUAUAAAUGCAACAAAAUAAUUGUGGAAUUUGGUUGCUAUGAGAUUUUUCCAAACAAGUCAGUUCAUGUUCCGACUUACAAGAAACAAUUCAAACUUUUGCAAUAUUAUAUAUAUCCUCACACUAAAGAACUCUUUAUUUGCUCAGAUUAUUUCAAGGAGAUUCCAUAUGUAAACAGUUUCUCUCUCAAAACCACACAGAUUGUCUUACUUGUCAGCAUAGCUAUAUCUGCUUUCUUCAUGAUACUUUAUGGUGUAGCAUUUAUAGUUUGCAGAAAACUCAAGAACUUACUAGGAUAUUGUAUAUUUUAUCUUUCCAUAGCAUUGUUGUUAGCAUACCUGUGCACAGCCGUCGUUUAUUUCGGAAUAGUAGAGCCCGACUGCUCAGCAAUGGGAAUAAUAGAAGCUUUCGCAAAUUUGGGCUACUUCUUUUGGUUGAACAUCAUGUCUUAUGAUAUUUGGCGAUCCUUAAAAAUGGCGACCGCCAAACGAAGAUUGACCGAUGACAGACCCAUGCUUACACGCUUCGCCAUGUAUUCUGCAUAUGCUUGGGGCGUUCCUGCUUUUAUCACCGUAUUUGGAAUAAUUGCAGGAAAUGAGUUAUCAUGCUGGUUUUAUUAUAAAAGAGCAGUACUUUUUGUAACGCCGCUUCUUCUGUUGUUGCCCAAUAUUUUAUUGUUCAUGUUAAGUAUCUGCAGGAUAAAUAAAUCAGAAAUGAACGAAGCUGAAAAUAAAGGAGAUUUGUGGUCAGGAUUCUUUCUGACUUUCUCUCUUGCUGGUAUACUCGAAUUCGAAUGGGUUUUCAGAGUGCCAGUACUUACAUUUACAGGAAUAACCUGGAAUUAUUAUAUCUCUGCUCCUUGCUAUGUCCUUGUAGGGGUGUUGAUCCUCUUUAGUUUCCCUAUUGCGGAAAAGAUCAGGAAGCUAAAAGGACAUGAAGAGAGGGUGAGAGUCAUAGAGAUUGAACUUGAGGAAAUGGGAGCUGACAGAAAUGCUAUUGAGGAUAUCAGAAAUCGAGAAAAUGUUAUGGAGUAUAAAAAGUCCACGGUAUUUAACUGCUCCUGUCAUUUUCACUUGGAGAAAUUAUUUUCUUUGUGUUAAUCUAUACCUGUAUAAUGUAGGAAAAUGUAAGGGAUUUAAACUUUUAUCAAUGCUUAAUUUAUUAUUUUGUGCGAUUUCCUUCAAAAUAACUGUGAAUGACGAAUUUGGAGUAAAACCUAUGUAUUCAAGGAAAAGAGUUUGUUUAUUGAAAAGUGUUUUAAGAUAUGGUUGGAAAUGAAACUAAAACCUAUAUGAACAAAACAUUUAGAAAGAAGAAAAAGCAUUUACAAUACUCAUUAAAUACUGAAAUUGUAGGAUUUGUAUACUAUGUACAGCAAAUGGAAGAAAGCUGUUGGAAAAAAGACGAAACUCUUGGGAUAAAAAAUUGUGAAGGAAGAAAACUCUUGGAAUAGAAAGUUGUGAAGGAACAAAACUCUUGGAAUAGAAAGUUGUGAAGGAACAAAACUCUUGGAAUAGAAAGUUGUGAAGGAACAAAACUCUUGGAAUAGAAAGUUGUGAAGGAACAAAACUCUUGGAAUAGAAAGUUGUGAAGGAACAAAACUCUUGGAAUAGAAAGUUGUGAAGGAACAAAACUCUUGGAAUAGAAAGUUGUGAAGGAACAAAACUCUUGGAAUAGAAAGUUGUGAAGGAACAAAACUCUUGGAAUAGAAAGUUGUGAAGGAACAAAACUUUUGGAAUAGAAAGUUGUGAAGGAAGAAAACUCUUGGGAUAGAAAGUUGUGAAGGAAGAAAACUCUUGGGAGAGGAAGUUGUGAAGGAAGCUCAUGCAUUAAAGAUGAAUAUCACGCAUCAUUUCAUUCUUGAAGGACUUCUACAACUUCACAAAUACAUCUUAUACUUGAUCUAGUCGUUGAUAGAAACAUGUAUUAACAAUUGGUAAAGAAUAUAAUACUACUUCCAGUGAUAUUUCAUUGCUUAAUACAAGCGACUCUGUGUUUCAAGAAUAAAGCUGAACAGACAGUAUAUGGUGAAAGAAACCCGAAUACGCUGCCUUAAAUGCUUAUGAAGUAUUACUUUGAAUUAUUGACAAUUGUUGCCUUACUGAGUCUGCUUUAUUAGCAGAUAUAUUUUAAUCAGAAAUACUGGUGCCUUAACAUACUUAUUUCUGAAACAUUUUCUUACAAGUAUACUAUAUUUAUUUUAUAUACUCUGUCUUUGGUGACCAACCGAUUCGCAGGGAUUAAUAAUCACUAAAACUCCAAUAAAAAUGUAUAUGCAAUUUGGUUUUAAAGGCUCCAUCAACAAUAAAAAUAAACCAAUACAUGUAGCUGAAGCGAAAGUUUCACGAUUGGCUUGGCAGUAGAAAGACAUUAAAAUAUCAAAUCUCAAUCACAAAUUAGGAAUUUUCUUGGUGAUGCAUCAGGGGAUAUUAGCAAAUGCUAUAUCUUUUCAGCUAGUGAAACCAAAUUUUAACACUCAGAUGAACAAAACAGUC